AUGCCCCCAAAGCUAUUCCAGCCCUACGGCUCCCCGCCACCGUUCGAUUUUGACGAAUAUAAAGACUCCUUUGAGCUUUGGCUGCGGCAGUGGAAUAUAUUUUUGGCCUUAUCUACCAUCGAUACAGCCCUUCCUCAAACGGAGCGCGUGUCCUACAAGGCAAAUAUCCUCCUGUCCUGCUUAUCAAAGCCCACGUUACAGGCCAUUUGCACGAUGGGCCUGUCUGACAUCGAACUUGGGGACCCCGUUAUUAUUAUCGAUAAGCUUCGUGAACGGUGUAACGCUGGGAGGAAUUGCCACGUUUGGCGUCAUCAAUUUGCCCUUCGUAUCCAACGUGAAAAAGAAUCCGUGGACAGUUGGGAUACCCGUUUGCUAGGCCAAAUCGUUUAUGGCGUCCACAGCGACGAAGCUCAGCGCAAAUUAUUGCAGGAAGGUGCUACGCUAUCCCUCAACCAAGCUUUAUCAACACUGCGCACGGCCGAAGCAACACUGAUGCAGGCAGCUAACCUGCGGCAGAAAGAUUCACCAUCUAUCCAGCAAAUAAAAAACAACACCACCAAAACCGACACAAAGUCCGCAUCUCGUUCCCCACACCCAGCUCACCAACGCAACUUCCGGCGCGGCCCGCCAGCAGGUGCCCCACCGCACGGAUGUUGGAACUGCGGAGCCGAAUCGUUCCACCCAAAGUCUGAGUGCCCAGCUAAUGGGAAAGAAUGUGACAGCUGUGGCAUAAUGGGCCACUUUCAGAAAGUCUGCGCAAGAAAAUCUUUGAAACCCGAAACAGCGGGAAGCAUUGUCAUCGGAUCCAUUUUACCAGGAGAACUUAUUGAAGCCAGCGUCUCACCCGCAGACAGUGACACGCCUACAGCAGUAUUUUUCCUGCCCGACACGGGCGCUUCAAUCGAUGCCGUGCCACGUGCACUCCACCAAUCGCGGUUCACCGCGACACCACUUUUCCCUAUCACUACGCGGGCAGUAACGGCGACUGGUGAUGCCAUAACGUCAUAUGGCACCUUUCAGGCAACUAUCACCGUAGGACCCGUCAACGGAGGAACACCAGUACUUACCACCAUUCACGUCCUUGAAAAUCUCCAGCAACCGGUUCUAUCAAAAGACACGCAAAAAAAACUCGGCAUCCUUCCCCUGGAUUACCCCCAUUGGCGCGUUCAGCAAGUCACAACCUAUCCUACGGAUUUGGAGAAAGCCAAUAGGCUCAAAUCCUUAAUGGCUGCUCAUCCCCUUAUCUUUGACGGUAUAUGUCGUCCCAUGGUAGGCCCACCUUGCCACUUCCAGUUAGCCGACGGAGCCAUACCAUCCGCGAUGAGAGGAUCGCGGCCAGUCUCCAUCCCAUUGCUCCCAAAACUCAAAACAGAGCUGAAUUCGCUCGAAGAGCAACAAAUCAUCCGCAGAGUCAUUGAGCCGACGGUAUGGGUCCACCCUAUAGUCAUUGCUCCGAAAAAGGACGGCGGCAUACGCGUGUGCGUUGAUUUUACCCCUCUUAACGCCUUCAUCGUCCGGCCAAAAUUCGAAACGGCCACCCCGUUUCAGGCUGUCCGCUCGAUUCCAUCCGGGAUGCGCUUCUUCACUGUCAUCGAAGCGUUAAUGGGAUACCACCAGGUGCCAUUAGACGACGAGUCAGCGGCGAUGACCACCUUCUCUACCCCGUUCGGCCGCUAUAUGUACCACCGGUUGCCUUUCGGAGUUUGCCACGCCGGCGACGACUACAGCCGACGCGUUUCAGCUGUAUUCGAUGAUAUCUCCAAUUGCCGUCGGAUAAUCGAAGACAUCCUCAUAUUCUCCGAAACGUACGAAGAACACGUUUCUCUCGUCAAACAAGUGUUCCAGCGCGCUGCCGACAAUCAAAUCGCCAUCAACACCAGUAAAAUCAAAUUUGCGCAGCCGUCCAUUCUGUUUGGCGGCUAUAUCCUGAGCAGCACCGGCUUCCGGCCCAACCCGGAACUCUUAUCAGCCAUAAGUCGGUUUCCUAACCCCACCAACAUAACGGAAAUAAGAGCAUUCCACGGUCUAUGCCAGCAGAUGGGCAAUUUCUCCGACAAUUUAGCGGCAGCACUUGCCCCCCUCCUAAAAAAGAGUUUCCAUUGGGAAUGGACAACACAGCACGAAGCCGCCUUCAAUGCUGCCCGCUCAGAACUAUCGUCUUCCGCCGAGCUGUCUUUUUACGACCCAGCGCUACCCACGGCCCUCCAUGUCGAUGCCUCCCGCCUGAGAGGUCUCGGUUUCAUCCUCCGUCAGCAAGGUCCAAAUGGGAAAUGGAACGUGGUCCAGGCCGGGUCACGUUUUCUUUCAGACGUGGAGACACGCUACGCCAUGAUCGAGCUGGAGUGCCUGGGCGCGGCAUGGGCUAUGCAGAAGUGCCGGCAAUUUUUGGAAGGCCUCCCAUCAUUCCUCCUCCUCACGGAUCAUCGGCCGCUCAUCCCGAUCCUAAACGACUACAACUUAGAUAAACUCGAUAACCCGCGGAUCCUGCGCCUGCGUCUAAAAAUGCAGCGUUAUGCGUUCACUGCCCGCUGGAUCCCUGGAAAGGAGAAUUUAAUGGCCGACGCCCUCUCGCGUUCCCCUAUCCACCCCGCAUAUCCAGUGGAUGAACUGGCAGAAGGCCCAGCAUCAUUCUCCACCCGUGUGGCGCUGGUAUCCACCAUCGACGGCUCAGACCCCUGCACAAGCGACCCGCUUUUAGACAAAGUGUCAGCUGCCGCCGUGGUUGAUCCUGUCAUGAUUGCUUUACGUGACGUCAUCCGAUCCGGUUUUCCCAACGAGAAAUGCAACUUACCGUUGCCCCUUCGUCCUUUCUGGUGCGUCAGAAGCCUUCUCGCCAUCGACAAAGACGACGAUAUCAUCGUCAUGGGCUGUCGUGUCGUCAUUCCGGAGGCCGUUCGUCGCGAGGUCCUCCAAAAUCUCCUCUUGAUGCACCAGGGGGCAACAAAACUACGGCAACGGGCCCGCCGACGACCAUGUAUUGGCCGUCCAUGGAUAGUGAGAUCAUUACCGCAGCCCGUGCUUGCCACACUUGCGCUGAACAUCGUCCCUCACAUCCGCCGGAACCUUUGCUGCCACACCAGAAAGCGUCGCGGCCACCAAUUCAGUGGAUGGCCUCAUGUCAUCCUAUUUCCGGACAAGAACACCUCUGCGCGCAAGGUGGUCGACGCUGUCCGCUCCUUUUUCUCCUUUGGCGCGGGUGCACCAAUCAAAUUUUGGUCGGAUGGCGGAACCCAGUUUACUGCAGACGAAUUUCAAUCCUUCCUUCGUGAAUGGGGCAUCAGCCACGGCAUUUCCUCCGCAGGAUACCCUCAAUCUAACGGCUUUGCGGAAGUAUCUGUUAAGAGCAUGAAAAAGCUCAUCCGUGGAUCGUGGUCAGCGGUCUCCUUCGACAUGGACCAGUUCAGCAAAGGCCUCCUACUCUACCGCAACGCUCCGCUGUCUGGCGGAGCUUCUCCCGCCCAGCUAGUUUUUAAUCGGCCCGUCAGAGAUUGCCUUCCGGCCCACCGCCGCGCAUUCGCACCCCAAUGGCAAAAAUCGGCUGUACAACUUGAGAAGCAGGCCUUGCGUGCCCGCACCCUUCGUGCUGCCCAUUUCAACCUGCAGGCGCACCCUCUCCCUCCGUUUUCCAUCGGUGAUUCCGUUGUCAUUCAAAACCACCUAACUAAACGCUGGUCAACCCCUGGUAUCAUCGUCGAAACCGGCUCAUUUCGCGAUUAUUUAAUCAAGACCCCAGCUGGUCGGCUCUUCCGCCGCAAUCGUCGUCUUUUGCGUCGUCACUACCCCGCGGCGUCACCAGCCCCGCCUGUUCAUGGCCCACCGGAUUCUCCCGCACCCCCACCCCCCUCAACAACUUCCGCUCCCAAUCCGCCAAAGCCGGAUGGUCCAGCAACACCGGCAGCCGCCGCCCCUCGUCGUUCUACCCGGAUCCGCAACAAGUUCAACAGAAAAUAA